AUGACAGGGCAAGGCAAAGCUGGUUUUUUCAGCGGUUUCAAGCCCGUCGACUCUGUCCUUAACUCCCCACCGACCUACAGCAUCAAUAUCGAAAACACCGAUCCCAUCUUCUUCUACUGUUCAGCUAUAGGUUCUUGUAUAAAUUACGGCAUGGUGGGGGUCAUCAAUCCGAACGUAACGACCAGUGUCGAUCAGCAAUAUCAACUAGCGCUUGAUAGUGCCUACAUGCUUAAUCCUGGCGAGCCAUUCCCACCAGAGAGUCCACAACCGAGUAAUAUACCCACCAAUUCAGCGACACCCGGACUUAGUGAUAGUACCAACACUGAUAAGAAAGGUCUUUCAACAGGUGCCAUCGCAGGGAUCGCUAUUGCAGGCUCCUCUGUCGUCAUCAUUGCAGGCUUACUUUUCUUCUUCUGGGGCCGCACAAAGGGCUUGAAAGACGAAGUAAAUCGAAAUGCAGGAACAGUACGCUACCCACGCCCAAACAACAGGAGUCCCCCAAGGAUGUUGGAGAUCGGUCACAAUCACCCUGCCACUACCAGCGGCAAUGGAGUAGGUAUCUAUCAUCAAUAUCAACAAACACCUUUGUUACCGGCGCAUGUCGUAGACUCUGCGUACCAACAAUACAACUAUAAUCAGGGGUACAGUAAUGCACCAGGGUAUAGCACGUCAGCACCAUCUUACUUCAACCCGCAGACCCCUCCCUCUCAUGCGCCUCCUCCACCGCCGCCGCCAUCGCAACAAGAACUACAACAACAGCAAAAUACGUACGAAUACGACAUUAACAGUUCUGCCGGUCACCCUGCUCACACAGUUCCUCCUGUACAACGGCAACCCCGACUUAGCAUAGACUAUGCACUCUCCCAACGCUCCCUAGGCGGUGCUUUUGAACUCUCACCUACAAGAAACGAUGCAGGAACUCUACAAAGCAAUCAUACCAGACCUCCUCCCACCAAUAAUCCCAGCCACAAUCAUACCUGCAGCAACGCCAACGCUAAUAACCCUGACAUUGUCUCUCUAUCUCCUUCUCAACCGUACCGUAUAACAUCACCAUCACACGUUCUUGCCACUGCUGCUGCUACCAUCAACAGGGUAGAAGAAAAAGCACCGAGUUACUAUGAAAGCGUGUAUAGACCGGGUCCCAAACAUAUCAAUGGGGGGAAGAUGGGGCCUAUGGAAAUAGAUGGGAGAGCUGUGACGGGGGAAACUACAACUGCGAGGAUGACAGAGGCCAAGUGGGAGGAGGUUGGUGAGAAGACGGCCGGCGGAGGAGACGUCGUUUACAGGGGAUAG